AUGUCCAUGCUGAAGUGUCCCAAUGAGAUCCUGCUCAUAAUAGCCGAGGAUCUACCACCAUGCCAACGAGAUAUAAACGCUUUUGCUCAAACCUGCCUCCGUCUCUUCCACUUGCUCAAUCCAUUCCUGUACCACUGCAACACACGAUACCACCAAUCCUCAGCCCUGUCCUGGGCUGUAAGCCAAGGCUUAGGAAACACAGUGCGAAACUCCCUAGAGGCAGGGGCACCAUAUAACAAAUCUGGCCAUGUCACAGGACACAUUAGUCGAAGACGAUGCGUGCUGGGCUGCACAUUGUCAGAAUUAGCAGGAAAAUCCUACUUUUGUCCAGAAUUCUAUGAGCAACCCAUAUCAUCCGCGGCGAGGAAUGGCCACCUUGAUAUCGUCAGAGCACUUCUGAAAUAUGGCGUGGAUCCCGACUAUCCAAACCCAGCCGGUCAUACGCCUCUUUGUCUGGCCGCUCAGGGCGGCCAUCUCGAGCUGGUGCGUUUCUUGCUUGUGAAUGGGGCCAGUCCGGCUUUGAAGAGUAUUUGUAAGAUUUUCCCGCUUUGGCAUGCUACUUGGAGACGGGUUUCUCGUCAGAGGUUGAAGAUUAAGUGCAAGGAGCACUUGCAAGUGCUGCAUAAAAGGGACGGAGCUAAAUGGUUUAAACCGUCACGGGCCCAUGAUGUGGAUAUCGAUCAACAAGUUGGUUACAGCCCUGUAACUUUCAAAGUGAGCCCGAAGCUUCUUGAUCGAUCCGAGAGCCUUGCUCCGAGCUCGAGGCUAUUUGUGCGAGAAGACGCAAUCCUAGUUCAAUCUGUUCAUUGA